AUGGAAGAUAGUUCAUCUUCGGCGAUUAGUAAUUCGUCCGGAAGAGAACAUUCAGAUAAUGAACUUCCACGAUCAUUAAAUAUACAAUCAGAUGGUAUGAAGCAUCAAAAAAGAUCCACAAAAAGCAUAUUAAAAGAAAUAAUUCCAACACAACUCAAUAAUCAAGUAGAUUUCGUCACAUCUGAUGUAAUAGCUGUCGUUUUCUUCAUUUUCGUCGGAGUUUUCCUCAGAGCUUUUCGCAUUUACUAUCCAAAUACUCCAGUCUUCGAUGAAGUUCAUUUUGGUACAUACAUCAAUAAUUAUAUGAAAGGAACAUACUUUACAGAUAUCCAUCCUCCAUUACCAAAGCUCAUUAUGGCAUUUUUUGCAUAUUUAGGAAAUUAUAAUGGAGAUAUUGACUUCAAAAAACUUCAAGAAACAAAAGCAGAAUUCCCUACAUUUGAAUACGCAACUCUUCGUCUAGUACCGGCUGUUUUAUCCGGUUUAGUUCCAGUUUUCACAUUUUUAACAGUUAAAUUUGCACAUUUAUCAUCAUUCUCAGCUUUUACGUGUGCUUGCUUUGCAUCUUUAGAUCAAUUACUAAUUACUGAAAGCAGAUUAUAUGUUACAGAUGGAAUUCUUCAUUUAUUUUCAAUAAUUGCCAUAUUUUCUAUCUUUGUUUAUGAAAAUUAUCCAAGUAUAGUUACUCUUAUAGCUCAAAGUUUAUGUAUUGGCCUCGCAAUUUCAAGUAAAUUAACAGCAGGUGGAUUAAUCUUACUAGCUUUAUUCAGACAGUUCCAAAACUAUAGCAAAAUAAUGAGCUUUACAAGAGCAAAGGAUGCUUAUAUCAGAUGUCUCAUUAUUAUCGCAGGAGCUUCAGUUGUAUUAUUUUCAUCAUAUUAUGUACAUUUAUCUAUACUUCCUUAUGAACCAGUUAAUGCUACAAAUAUUCCUGAUUGCAUUCGUGACUCUCUUGUCUCAAGAGAGGACCCUAAAUGGCAUAAAAGAUUCACAGGCUCUUCUUUUCUAUGGAGAAUAGUAACAUUACUAUUUACAAGCCAAAAGAGGAACCUUGAAACAAAGAAAGGACACCCUUACGCUUCAAAAUGGUACUCAUGGCCUCUUGUUUCAUCAAAUUGGUUACUUUACUGGAUAUCUGAUGAUCAGAAACAUUAUAUUGCAUGCGCUGGUAAUCCUUUCUUGUGGCCAAUCUUGUUUGGAUUCACUUUAUUUGCAAUUAUUUCGGUAUUUCUGACAAAUGAUCGUAAUUCAUCAUUAUCUCUUUUUGUUUAUGGAUAUUUAUUCUCAUAUUUACCAUUUAUUCUCAUUAGACGUGAUACUUUUUUGUAUCAUUACUCGAUUCCACUUAUUUUUUCAAUGAUGAUCUGUGUUUGCAUCACUGAAAUGUAUAUUCCACCAAAGAUUCGCUCUUUCUUGUUUUCUCUUUUUAUUUCUCUUUCUUUGUUAGGUUUUAUGUUGUUUGCUUGCUGGUGCUAUGGAUUGACAGUUCCUGAUAUCAAUUUCCUUGUAUUUUAUAAGCACUGGCUUAAACUUAAAGAAUAA